AUAUCGCGCUUUCAGUCGGCCCGCGGCCUCUCUGUCAGCUGUUGUUCCUCCAGUGCCGCGCGAUAAGCGAGAAAAGCGAAGAAAAGGAGCUUGUUAAUAUGCUCGCGGCGAUCAGUUGAGAUCCCUGUCGAAAUCACGAGAGCACGUGUUAAUCAUCUGCGAGACAAUGAAUAAGCUAAUUGUACUCUCGUGCUUGUUCUGCGUGUGCCUCCAAUUCUGCCAAGGUGGCACGAAUGCUAAUCGAGGAUACGUGUUUACCGCGCCGAAAAGAUUCCUGGCCGGCGAGACCGAGAGCGGCUGUUUGUCGCUGCACAAUCUCGAGCCGCCAGCGCACGUUCUCCUGGAGCUGCUGUCUCCGUCGUCGUCGGGUGCGGAAGACGAGGUGUUGGCCCGAACGAGCGGCGUCGUCGAAACAGGAUUGGAAACAUGUCUGGAGCUUGCGGUACCUUUUACAAGAUACUUCAACGGACGAUUACGAUUGAAGAUAAAAUUCGACAAACAUCCCGAUUACAUCGUGGAAACGGAGAAGAAGAUCUACAUCGAGCACGAUUCCAUCAUCACGUUUGUAGAGACGGACAAGCCAGUCUACAAACCCGGACAAGAUGUAAACAUUAGAAUUCUCAUGCUUAAACACGAUUUGAAGCCAUGGAAGAAAACGAUACCAAAAGUAUGGAUUGAAAAUCCAUCCGAGGUGCGAGUAGCGCAAUGGACCAACGUUAGUACCGAGAACGGAAUGACUCAAUUAAAGUUUGCUCUCUCUCCGGAACCAAGCCCGGGCGCCUGGAAAAUUAAAGUAGAAAAGACAAGAUCGCAACCGCAGCUAAUUCACACAACAGUAUUUGAAGUGAAGAAAUACGUUCUCCCGAGAUUCCAGGUGACUGUGACCUCACCGGGAUACAUCCUCGCAGAUGCGGAAAACGUUACCUGGAACAUAUGCGCAAAAUACAGCUAUGGUAAACCGGUCAAGGGUAGAUUACUUUUAAAAUCAACGCCUCAAAUACCAAUAUGGAGACGAAAACCUAAUCUCCCAGAAAUACAUUACGAAACAGAGUUGGAUUCGUCGGACGGUUGCACUGAAUUUGUACUAUCAGGCGCAGUGCUUGGAUUGGCUCAAUGGAAAGUAGCGCCGAAUAAUAUCGUUCUCAUAGCCAAUUUCACCGAAGCCGGUACCGGGAUAGUGGAGACGACAAUCAGUCGAACCGUGGUAGUGCAUCAGGCCUUAAAAUUGGAAUUUCUGCCGUACACGCCCAAAUACUUCAAACUGGGUUUACCAUAUCACGGAAAGCUUCGUGUCUCUCGGCAUGAUGAUACUCCGGCGCCACACGAAAAGAUCCAACUCUGCGUGCGAGUGCGCGGUGAAGACGAUUGGCUCCGCGUCGUAGUCGAAUGCCGCAACUUUACAUCUUCAUCCGAUGGCUUCGUCGACUUUGUUGUGCCACCGCCACACAGGAAUAUCGUCCUGUUAAAUUUCAUCGCGACUGGUGUCGAUUAUCCCACGAAAUACUAUUCGCCGGAUACGCGUUGGCGAGUUUUCAUGGAUCAACCAUCUGCUCACAUUGUGGUGAAUCCGUGGUAUUCACCAUCAGACAGUUACUUGGCGGUAGCUCGAGGUUAUCAACCAAUCAUCUGCGGCGAAAAGUAUUCGUUCAAUGUUAUGUACACCGUACCGGCGAAAAGUAAAACUAACGAGUCCAUUUCCUUCCAUUAUUCCAUCAAUUCCAAAGGUGACUUGUUGAUAUACGGCCACGUAAAGCACAAGCCGACCAGAGACAUGGUCCUGAAUUACUCGGAAUUUCGGAACCUAUUCGGCGCUGUCGAGACAUCGGGAAAUAAGACCAAUCAGGACACCAUCGUUCACAGAUUCCCUCUCAGCGUCAAGAUCACCCCGUCCAUGGCGCCGGUCUCUGAAUUAUUGCUCUACUAUGUUCGUCCGGAUGGCGAGAUUGUCGCUACCACAUACUCUAUCAAAGUAGGACAUUGUUUCGAGAAUAAAGUAAAAUCAGCUUGGCACACCGAUGCCCAAACCCCGGGAACGGUCACUCAGUAUCACGUGGAGGCUGCCCCCUGGUCUCUUUGUGGCAUUUCGGCAGUUGACAAGUCGACUCGCUUCUUAGGAUCCAAAGCAAAUUUGAUCGAUGCUGAUCAGACAUUCGAGCAACUAAAGAGAUUCUAUAUUGAGCCAGAAUUGCGUCCCAUCUGGACUCAAUGCAAAGUGACAACGCAGCAAGAAACGAAUACCGAGGAAAUCGAUCAUUUACCGAUACCUCUGUGGGGACGUAGAAAGAAAAGGACUGUGAUAUCGCCAGGACCGUACAGUGGACUCACGAAUUAUGUCGACGCUAUACAAGCGUUUGAUGAUUUCGGAGCUGUUGUGAUGAGCGAUUUAAUACUUGAGACACGGCCUUGCCCUCAACUUCACAGGAUGGACAGAUUCAGGAGUUCCACGAUUCAAACUUUUUUCCUUCGAUCAACUUCGGUUCUGGAAUCGGAAGCUGGAAUGUUUAAAAUGGCUGCGAAGACGUUGCCCAUGGCAUACCCAUUAUUGAACGAAGGCCCCGAACAGGCAUAUGUAGAUCAAGUACCCGAUCAACCUGCAACUCUUAGGUCUUACUUUCCUGAAACGUGGUUAUGGGAAUUGGUGCCGACUGGAAAAGAAGGCAAAGUGGCUAUAGAACGUACUUUGCCUCAUACCAUCACUGAUUGGGUCGGAUACACUACGUGUAUCUCAUCUACGCACGGUCUCGGAAUAGCACCGCCGACGACUAUCACGGGAUUUCAACCGUUCUUCCUCGAUUAUAGCUUACCAUAUAGCGUGAAACGUGGAGAAAUGUUGCAUAUGAAAGUGUCUUUGUUUAAUUACAUGCAACAUAGCUUACCGGUGAAGAUUAAAUUGGAAGAUGCAACGGGGCUCGACUUGCAUCUAUCACAUGCAGUCGCUUCGUUUUGCGUGAAACCGCGAGAUAGUGUGGUGCACGAAUAUAUUCUCAGGCCGAGAGUUCUUGGCGACGUUAAUAUUACGGUUUCCGCUUCAGUUGACUCGGAGUAUGGCGAACCAUGUGGUCCAGAAGUACUUCUGUAUACACGGGACGUAAUUGUAAAGUCCAUACUCGUGUUACCAGAAGGCUUUCCCGUAGAGGCGACCAAAUCGGCAUUUAUCUGUCCGAAAGAUUUUAGCGACGAUUCCACUAUUACUUGGCAUCUCGAUUUACCCGAUGAUUUAGUGCCCGAAAGUGCAAGAGGAUAUGUGUCUAUGAUAGGAGAUAUUUUGGGUCCAGCCCUUGAAAAUUUAGAUAAUCUCGUUCGUUUACCGAUGGGCUGCGGUGAGCAAAACAUGAUCCUUUUUGUUCCCAACAUACACGUGAUUGGCUAUUUGGAUACAACUGGAGUUGAGAAUCCAGAGCUAAGAGCGAAAGCAGUCAGAAAUAUGGAAAAAGGAUAUCAGCGCGAGUUGAUAUAUAGGCACCCAGAUGGUUCGUACUCGGCGUUUGGUCCAAACGUCACGGAAGACGGUAGCUCUAUUUGGCUCACUGCGUUCGUGAUAAAAUCCUUCGCUCAGGCAAAGAAUAUAAUUCACAUCGACGAGCGAGAUCUGAAAAUUUCCGUAAAAUGGAUGCUAAAGAAGCAAUUGGAGAAUGGGUGCUUCCCCAUGAUCGGCAGGGUAUUUCACAAAGAUAUGAAGGGUGGUCUGCAAGACGACGACAGUUCUUCCUCGGCGUUAACAGCCUACAUACUGAUAUCACUCUUGGAAUCAGGCGUACCGUUAACAGCCACGCUCAUCAACAAUGCGCUACAUUGUCUUGAGAAAGGAAUGGAGAAUGGCGGCGGCACGACAUACACCGCAGCUAUAUCUACCUAUGCUUUAUCGUUGUUGGAGCAUCCGAAAGCAAAUAACAGCAUGAAGCUAUUGAUGGAACGUGCGACUCGGAACAAUGAUCUCCUUUGGUGGGAAGAUAAACCCUCCCUAGGACUGAGCAUCGAAAUGACGGCAUACGCUGUGCUAUCAUUGGUAAAAUUAGGCGGCGAGGCGAAUAUGGUCGAGGCGCUGAAGGCGGUUCGUUGGAUGUCGAAGCAGCGAAACGCAGAAGGCGGUUUCACAUCCACACAGGAUACCGUGCUCGGUUUGGAAGCGCUCACAAAAUACGCUGCCGCAAUGUCAAAUGAUAACACUGAUCUCUCGGUGCUGGUGACCGGUAACGAAGUGGACCAAUUAUAUAGAAUGCACAAUGACAAUCGCAUGGUUCUCACCCAAAUUCGGCUGCCCGUGAUACCUACGAUAAUCGAGAUCUUCGCUGAAGGUGAAGGUUGCGUCUUAGUGCAGAGUAAUAUAAAAUAUAACGUUGCGCAUGCGACUGGCUCCGAAGCUUUUGACCUCUCAGUCAAUGCCGCUUCCUCGACGUGGGUAGAUGAAUGCUCGAUGCAAAAGAUUACAAUCUGCACACGAUAUAAAAUGGCAGAUGGAGAAAGCAACAUGGCAGUAUUAGAGGUCGGCAUGAUAAGCGGGUACAUCCCGGAUCGUACGAGUCUUCAUUCUCUCUUGGAGGAUCCAGCUACAAAAGUGAAACGUUUCGAGGAGGAUCGUGACGUCGUUACUAUUUACUUCGAUAAGUUAAUCAAUCAGAAAACUUGUAUAUCGUUUAUGGUGACUAGAGAAAAUGUUGUCGACCGACUCGAGCCGGCAAAUGUGAAACUUUAUGAUUACUAUCAACAGGAAUUAACGAUAUCUAGCAGCUACAGCUUUGCACCGACCUGCAGUAGUGCCACUCCGAAUGAAGAAACAGAGAUACCUGAUCCGGUGCCAGUAGAGGUGGAGCAACUGGACAAGGAUGCCACGAAGAUCGCGAAAAAAGACGAGAGAAUCGAAAAAGCAGCCGAAAUUCCGGAUGCUCAAAAUGGAACUGUAGAACAAAUAGUACCGCGAGCGGAAAUUGGAAGCGGUCAAACACCGGAUGAACCGGAUAUUAAUUUGAAUCCCGUGUUCGAUAGACUUGGACCUCCUAAUGUAGAUCUCGAAGAUAUGGAGGCGUCAUUUUCGGUUUUCAAUGGACAGAACCAAGAUCCCUUUCCGGCAAAUUUCGAUGGAAACCCGCUCUUCGUCGUGGUCGAUCACGAAUUAGCGACUCCUGAUGGUGUCGAAGGACCCGUAUCAGUUUCCGUGAAACCCGAUAUAAAUUUUGACGGCGACCAACUGUCAAAUGUAACUAAUCAAUCCGCUGAGAGAAUAGACACGGAUUCGAGCAACACGCAAUUGCAAACAUCGCCGCCUCUUGCUUCGAACGAAUCUUGUCCCAUAUGCGCUGAUGAAUUGCCAUUGAACAUCAAUGAGAUUUAUUGUUCGUCUAGUAGCGUCGUGAAAGCGGCAAUCAGACGAUUACGAAAAGUGAGACUUCUAUUAGAUAUACAACCGUUGCACGAGAUUAAACGCUUGCGUUCAACGGUUGAAUUUAUUUUGAAUCCCAAAUGUUCCUGUUCGCCUUUAGACAAUCCUGGAACUCUAGCACUGUUGAUGCACUCCGGGGACAGCGAAUUUGCUAUACGCUCGCAUAAUAGUCAACAUAUUCGCGUGGUCGCUUUAGAUGAGCGAACUUCUAUAUACGGAUUACAAUCACACAGUGGAGUGCCAGACGAGCUAAUAAACGCUCGAAAAAUAUGCGCUACUCGAGAUAAGACAUCUCUUAAUCUUCCUACAACUGGUUAAUCUUUGCCAGUAUUUUGCCGAAAAUUUAAAAGCAAAAUUAAUAUUAAAUGCAUCGCAUGCUAAAAAUUACCACGAAAAAAUUUAAUCGUUUCAAGACAUAUGAAAAUUAAAAAUGCAUGCAUAUUUAUAUUAAAAUUCAAAGGAAUUUACAUUAAGCGAAUUUGAUAAAAAAUCUUUCAAUUUUACAAUUUGAUACCCGUUUAUUCUAGGACACGUUGUAUAUACCUAACCCAACGGCAAUUUCUUUUUACACGGGAUAUUCUAGAAUAUCUCUACAUUGCUAACUUUAUGUUAAGAUGUGGAAUAUACGAUAAGUUAAAUUAAGAGUAUUUGAAAGCGUUUUUAUACAGCCAAUUUUUACAGCGAGUCAUUAUCGUAAUUCAUAAUUAUAAAUAAUUAAUGAGUUAAAUAAACUGUAAAUAAAGUACAGCGAUUAAUGACAUAAUAAUUGGGUAAUUUAAUAUGUCUACAAAAUAUUAAACUCGCAUACAUCUAAUCUCAUACCCAAUUUCACCGCUUUCGAUCUGAUUUAAACAUUUCAAGAUAAAAAUAAAGAAAUAAAUACACACACAUACACACACACAAAAGAGAGGUGAAAAUAUCUCGAAUUUCGGACGAAUGCGUUGCAUCUUUAUUUGUUUUUCUACGUUUGUAAUUCGUAUUGUAAUUAAAUUAUUGGAAAUUAACAAUCACCUCGAUCGAGUUCUCGCUGCAUUAUAUUAAUUAAAUAGUGCUUCAUUACAGUGUAUGUAUAUUUUUUAUUUAAUAUGAGACUAUAAUGUGUCGAUAUAUUGUCCAUUUGACAUUUAACGUUGAUAAAAUCGUUGAUCUUUAUUAGUGAA